AUGACGGAUAUUAUUCCAGACGAGAAAGCCUAUGGCUCUAGCGAAGAGUCUUCCUCCCAGCAGGUCGAAGUCUUUGAACGUCCUACCGGCCUGAAGGGCUUUUACUACAACCCAUAUACUCAGGUCGUUAUGCUCGGAUUUGUAUGUUUCUUGUGUCCGGGCAUGUUCAACGCUCUCACUGGACUUGGUGGAGGCGGUCAAGUCGAUGCGAAAACUGCUGCGAAUGCAAACUGCACCUUGUAUUCAACUUUUGCGUUUUUCUCUUUCUUUACGGGUUCAGUGAACAACAUGCUAGGCUCUCGUCUCACUCUCGUUCUAGGGACGUGGGGUUACUCCUUGUACACUGCUUCUUUCCUUGCCGUCAACAUUCAUCCCGGCGCAGGUGACUUCGUUACCACGGCAGGUGCUAUUCUUGGUAUAUGCGCAUCCCUUUUGUGGACAGCCCAAGGUUCUCUCAUGUUGGCUUAUCCAACUGAAGCUCAGAAGGGAAGGUUUAUCGGUAUCUUCUGGGCUAUUUUCAACUUGGGUGCUGUUGUUGGUGCCUCGGUGUCGUUUGGGACUAAUUUUAAUUCUGAGGCUGGAGGUGUUGGGAAUGGAACAUAUAUUGGAUUUCUCGUACUUACCCUUAUCGGAGUAUGCGUACCUUUCUUCAUGGCGGAUCCCAACAAAAUGAUUCGUACCGAUGGCACCAAAGUUGCUAGAGUCCAACAUCCGACGUGGAAGCAUGAGUUCUAUAGUCUUUAUGUCGCGCUUAGGACGGACCCAUUGAUUCUCCUCUUAUUUCCUAUGUUCUUUGCCAGCAACUACUUCUACACUUGGCAGUUUGACGACUACAAUGCUGCCUUGUUCAACAUCCGCACCAGAUCUCUUAAUAAUCUUGUAUACUGGUCGUCUCAGAUCUUUGGUUCGAUUGCUAUUGGCUUUGUGCUCGAUACACCGCGACUUCGCCGUCGCGUGCGCGCCUUCUCUGGUUGGGCCAUUCUCCUCGCUAUGGUGUUCGGUGUUCAUGGUUGGGCGUACCAUUACCAAAAGAGCUAUACUCGUGCGACAGCAACAGCAACUAUGGACUUAAGUGACAAAGGCUACGCUGCGUACUGCUGGCUUAUGAUUUUCUACGGUCUACUUGAUGCCAUGUGGCAAACGACGGCGUACUGGCUCAUGGGAGCGAUGUCUAAUGAUCCUGCUAAGCUCGCAGUCUUCACUGGUUUUUACAAAUCAAUCCAAUCCGCUGGAGCUGCGGGCAUUUGGAGGGCAGAUGCAAUCAAGCUGCCAUUCAUGAAUAUCUUCGCCUCUACGUGGGCUCUUACCGCUGCAGGCCUCGUGAUUGCUCUGCCCAUGGUUUAUAUGCGUGUUAGAGAUAGCUCUGAAGAUGAUGAUCAGAUAUAUGAGCGUAAGGCUGAAGUUCUUGACAUCAAACCAGCUUAA